AUGGAAGUUUAUCUUUUGCGUCACGCCGAGAGCGAAUAUAACGUCGAUCCAUUAAAUAACGAUUUUAUCGAUUGUUCAAUUACCAGCAAUGGUCAACAACAAGCAGCAAAUCUAGAUUUAUCUUCGUAUUCGUUUGACUUGAUCCUUUGUUCACCGUUGCGUCGAUGUCGCCAAACAGUUGAAUAUUCUUCACUUCUCAAAUCCACACCUCCACCUAAGUUUGAAGUUUGCUCUCUCUUACGCGAACAAAUCAAAGCUAAAUGCGAUCUACUCGAUGGAGAGCAAACUGAAGAGAUAUUUCCAGAGGAAACAGACGAAAGUGUAGACAAACGUGUCAACGAACUCAAAAACGAUUUAGCAAGCAAAUCUUCACUUUACAAACAAGUUCUGCUCGUUUCGCAUGCUGAUUUUCUUUGGAAUCUAACAUCCCAUGAAAUUCAAAAUGAGAAAUUCGGUCGAUGGUUAAACAAUUGUGAAUUUAUUUUCUGGAAAGUUUUCGAAACAUAA